CACAAAGGGCAUAAAAGUGCGUUUAUUGUAUUUUACUUUGUUAAAUGGUAUUAACUAUUUCACUGGCAAGGAUUUGUCAAAACUGUAGGAUAUUUUAUUAAACAUCAUUCACAUCGAGAUAGUGUACAGUUCGUCUUGGAUUCAGCUCGCAUCUGUUCUUUCCGGCAUAUAUUUGUACUUUGAAGUAUGUAGAAUUCAAGUUGCAGGAAUCUGAACACAUGCAAGGCGUCAGUAAAUGACCAGUUGUCACACGUAUUAAACUUUAAUAUAAACAAACGUAUGCAUUUACGUCGCAUAGGACCCACAUCAAAAUGACAGUGUAACAACUAUGAUACUGAGACUGGCCACAUGAAUUUUCAAUGUUGCACUAUAAUGCUGACAGACAACUGUUGGCGCACAUUUGAGAUUCAAUGGUGAAUCAUAAAAGUUCACUAGUGUCUAAGCAUGGAUGUCAUGAAGAUUACAUUUAAAGUGGUUGUCUAAUAUCCCAGCCUUAGUUUCCACUUAUUUACAAAUAACUUCAUGUUGAGAAUAUUCGUACCAAAUUGAUGCAAGUAAAGUCAAAGAUGUAUAACAAAAGAAAAUCAAUUAAUCAAAUUCAGAUUGCCAAAAAUGUGUGUACCACUAACAAUGUAUGUCUAAGUAUGGAGGAUUUGAUAAAAUCACAUAAUUCAUUUAAUAGACCGGUCACCCAAUCUUCACAAAUACUGUAAACGGACAAAAUUGUCAAAUUUUGCAGUGAACAUUUUAUUUGGAACUUUGUGACUUUCAUGGCUUAUGUUUCAGUUUCAAGCAUUUUCAAUAUGAUACUGACUUCUGAUGUACCCCAUCUGCUCUAAACCGAAGCCACACCGUUGAACAGUGCUAUGGGACCAUUCCCUUAAAAUUCUAACAAGACGGGAUACAUCAGCAAUGAAUUAAACAUCAGCUCGUUAUGAUAAAUGAAUGAUUGUAUUACUCAAAUUCAGUAGUAAAACUUGUCACAUGGAAUAAAGACAGCGCUCAGGGUUUGCGCUAGUGUCUCGGCAAGACGAGUCCCACUUACAAAAUUUUAAGAAAUUGAAAUUUGACCCUUUAUAACUUUAUUAGAGAUUGGACCCCAGCUUGCCUGAAAAACUGGGUCCCUCUUCAAUAAUUGGAGUCCGGGAAGCAAAAUAUGUGGUUAACGCAAUCCCCGAGCGCUGUACAUGAUACUAAGAUAUUAUAACUGUUCAAUACAUAAAUGAAACAAGUGUCAUCACUGUCGGAAAUAAUACAUGUCCACCCUGACAAUUUGUUUUUAGGAAACAGAUCCACUCGUUCAUUUACAGUUCUGCCAUUUACUCAACAUGGUAAUGUGAAUUACCAGAUGACUGGCGGUUGUUAGAUCAGAAUAAAAUCUCAAAAUCAGGAUAGAUGUUGGAGACCUGAUGCAGGUGUUCAGUAGGUAUCAUUCAAUUCUUUUAAAUCAUUUGGGAUAAAAAGUCCUCACAUUUAGUACAGUAUUCUUCAUUGAGUUGCGAUUAUAUCCUUCAACAGUUCCUAUUGUGUAAAGCCCAGGUAUGUCCAUCAUCCCUUGAUAUCAUUGUCAUUUGGUAUGUCCUGCUAGUUGGAUAUUGAUAAUUCUGGUAUGAAGUUCAUUGACCCCAGUGAAUGAAAACUACGGAUAUAGUUCACACACCAAACUAUAUUCACCUAAAUGUCACGAAGUUAUUUGUGAGAGUUCUCUAAUCGAUUAACGAUGAAAUUUGUUGUAUCGAUGAACCUCUCCACGCAGUUCACAAUGCAGCUCUCCGAUUUGGAGUCCAUUUUGCUACUGAGUCUGGAAUCGGCGAGACAUUUGUCCCAACACUGUCCCGUUAACUGGUGCACUAGAGUCUGGAAGCGCUGCCUCUGCGAUUCUACAUUCAGGAAGUGUGCGACUUCUGGGUCGACGUCGGGAUUACCCUGCAUGGUGGAGGUUGUGUUAAAGGACGGUGAGCUGUGUAAUACAACGGCAAUCGUCGAAACCUCGUGUCACGUAGUUUAAGAUCAAGGAGUGACCUCUUCCCAUAAGGCAGUUGGAUUAUUCUAUUUUCAGUACGAGUUUUUAAGCAGAUAUUGCUAUGUAAUCAAAACAUUAUAAUAGCAAGAAUAAUAGCAAUUAGAAAAACAAAUUAUGAUAUAUAUAUUUCGAGAAUAAUACAGAGAUUUCAAUUAAUACGAUGAAAUUGUUGUUACGUGAGUAAGAUCCCAUCUUGGACACCCCUACACACAGAGUGUUAUGAUCUACUUAUUCCGGUUUCCGCACGAAUCCAUCAACAUGGCGGCGGAUCGGGAAUUCACGCAUUCGUCCACAUUGUUCACCAACGAAAGUGGCCAGCCGAUGAAGUUUUAUAUGCGACCAUGUGAGACUAAAGCAAACCUUCGGCCACUAGUGGAGCAUGGAGGUGGAAUUAUCACGAGCAAGUUGGAUCAAAACUGUAUAAAAAUUGCAGAUGCCAAGGAUAGCAUACGAUCUGAUAACUACAUCAAUGCAACAUAUAUCAAUGACUGUGUUCAACAAAAUAGACUGAUAUCUACAGAUAAAUACAAAUUGAAGUUUAAGGCGAGUUCGCCCACACCAUCAUUGAGUGACUCAGUAUGCAGCGUUGGACGAUCCAAGUAUAAUUCUGUAGAGGAUGAUAAGAUACUUAAAUAUCUUGCUUUACAUCGCUAUGAGUGUCUUGGUGGUAACCAAAUAUGGAAGAAGAUGGAAAUGCUGAAGAUUACUGAUCAUAGCUGGCAAUCGAUGAAAGACCACUUUCGACGAAUUUUAAAGCCUCGGUUACAAACAUAUAUCAAGAAACAUGAACAGGCAAAGAAGAAUCAAGUUGACAAAAACUCUAAACCCAAGUCACCAAUUAAAAGUAUACUUAAAAAGACUCCACCGACAGAUACCAGUGAGAUUAGCAUCAGUGAGUUCAAUAGUAGUCAAGAUAUCAGUGAUGUGUCUUCAUUCGACGCUGAACUGUAUGACGCAGCAAAUAUUCAACAGAAACAAGAUUCUAUGGAGAAGAACAGAAAGAACAGAGAAUCUCUUAAACAAUCACCUCAGGGAAGUGUUCCAAAGAGUCCAGUUCAAAGAAGAAAGUCACCUCGAAAACAUUUGUUAUCCUCUGGCAAUGAAGAAUUGCAGAGCAGCGCAAAUGGAUUGUUUAUGGCGAGUACUCCACGUAAGAAUAAAAAUGUGAAAAAAUUACACACAAAAUUAAACACUAGUCAUGAUGAUCAGUUAAAAGAGAGAAUACAGGAAUCAGGAGAUGAUGAUGAUGAAGAUUCUGAGCCUGAGAUGCGAACAACAAGGAGUAAAACAUUCAACAAAAAGAAAGUUGGCAGGAACAAGAAAUCAGGAACUGAUGAGACUGAUGCGGGAGGAUCAGACGUGACUGGCACACCAGCUAAAAAAACACUCGCACUGCAGCAAAAUAGCGAUGAAGAAAUAGUUCAUGUUGAAAAACCUGGGUCUUGGGUUGAGCCAUUGGAGACCACAUCAGCUGAUGAUGGUUGGGACACAGAAAAUAGCGAGCCUGUGAGAAGAGUUUUAAGAAGACGAAGAGAAGCAUUUCACAGUUCUGAAAGUAAUGAAGAGGAACGUAAAAAAAGAAAAACACGAGAACACAGACAAGUGGUAGAAGACGCAAGAAGACUGCGGAGUAAAAAAAGGAGGGAGGGAGAUCAGCCUGGAACACUAGAAGCGGGUCCUAGUAGGGAAAGACGUAGCAGCUUGUCUUCGCCACCGAUGUCACCAAGGGCCAAUCAUAAACUUAGACAAUUUGUCAUGGAAGAUAUGGAUCAAGAAUUUGUUUUGUCACAAACUAUGGAAAAUGAUGAGAGCAGAAUGAAGCAGAUUUAUGACCAAGUUAAGAGAUUGAUAUACGACUAUGAUGUUUCCAUGACUACAGCUGUUAGCGCCCUCUACCAAUGCAGUGGUCAUUUUAAGACUGUGAGGCAGUUAUUAAAGACAGCUAAAUGUUCACGGGGUACCGGUACUAUGUCAUGGUGCAAAGCUGACGAGAGAAAACUACAGAGCAGCAGAGCUGAGGAUUUGAAAACUUUGUCAGCAAAGUACAGUCCUACUGUUAUUACCAGGCAUAUGCAGUUCUUGGAAGAUUUGUCAUCAUCUGAUUCAGACUAGUCUAUGAAUUCUAUGUUACCAUGACAAUAUAUAUUUUUUUUCGUUUUCCAUGAUGCCCUAUCAACAUUUAUCCAUUCAGAAAAUGUGGACAACUAUAACGAGAAUGAUUAGGGAUGAAAUGACUUCAGACUGCCAAGUAUUAUGUGAUAACUGUCUCGUUGACCUCACCACUGCCCAGUUCUAGUCUGAUAACCACACGGUUUUAAAACAUGUUCAUGAUAUUUUGGAUUGAAAUAUGUACUCCACAUCAAAGCGAAUUUAUGUACAUGUAAUAAUGUAGAAUAUUUAUUAUGAACUUCGCUGUCAACAAUUGCAUUUUUUCGACUUUUUCUUGAAAACUACUCAGCUUAAUUGCUUUGAUACUUGGUAUAAAAUUGAGCUGGCACUUUUCAAAAAGAAGUCUUUUGGGUGUGUGUUGCUCGUAAAGUCCUUAGUUUCAUUUAGGAUGUCAUCAUGUCACAUUGUGAAACGAAAAAAACAUUGUCAUCAGUACAUGUGAUCCGGAACUUUUUUUUUUUUUACACACUUGUUCAACGCUUUUAUCACUCCCAUGUAAAUUUUGUAUUUUUAUUUGUGAAUUUGCAUAUUUAGUGAUUUUUAUUAGAGAUAGAUUAUUUAUUUCUGUGUUCAUUUUUAUACACAAUUUUUACAAGCAUUCUCUUUUUUUUAUCCUUUUUCCUGGGCAUUGACUCGAUAUAAAUACAUUGUAUUAUUGUACAUCUGUCAGCGUGCCAUAUCAGGAAAUGCAAACUCUAAAUAUGUCACGAUUACACACAAGCAUCCUCUAAUAAUAAAAAAAAAUAAACAGGGUCUGACUGGUCACCACACAAAGAAAUUCGGCCUUCCCAUGAUGUAUUCCUGAGAGGAAAAGUUGUAUAAUUAUUGCAAGAAUGCAUUCAGACAGUACUGUCUUUGUGCAUACUUAGCAGUAUCCUUGUAAUAACCGUAUUCAAAGUAACACUGUGUUCAGAAAUGCCUGUCAUCUUCACUGCCAACAUGAAUAUUUACCAAAGACACUUUUCUAGUGUCCUUGUAUUUUGUGUUCUAACUUAACGCUUGUACAGUUCAAUAAAUACGAGUUUAUAA